AUAGUUAUAAAUUAUACUUAUAAUAAUUUCCUCUCAAAUAGUGAAGUGGAUAGGUGGAUUAAAAAUGUGGCUUUUCGUCUUUGUACAUGUAUUGUGUGCUUUAUUUUCUACCAUUCUGGCCACAAAUCCUGGAUUCAGAUUACGAAUAACAGAAGAUGGACUUAACUAUGCCAAUCAAGUAGCAGUAGAUUUAGUAACAAAGAAAAUAAAGACCACUAAAUUGCCGGAUCAAAGUGGAGAUGGAAAAAAUGUUAAAUAUUCUCUUACCAACUUGGAAAUACGGAAUUUUCAACCACCUAGAAGCAGCAUAACAUUGGCUUCAGAGAGCGACUUACAAUGGAAGGCAACAAAUUUAGCACUGGAAAUUGAUGGAAAGUUUCACUACAAAUACAAAAAAGGAAUCAUUAGGUGGUCUGGUGGUGGAAGUGUCAACGUUAAGUUUUCUGAUAUCUCAUUCAGUGUUGGAGUCAAUUUAGGCACUGAUGGUAGCGGAAGGCCAACAAUUAAAGCUGGCAAAUGUUCUUGCGAUAGUGGUCCAGUAAAAGUAAAAUUUAGAGGUGGUUUGGCAUGGAUAUACAAUUUGUUCUCUGGAAAGGUUGGAAAAAUUAUUGCCAGUCAGUUUCAGAGUAAAAUGUGUGGUAUAAUACAAGAUCUUAUCGACAAGAAUGCACAAGAAAGUCUAUCGACUAUUAAAGUGGAGGUACAGCUAGGAGAAUUCCUAACAUUAGACUAUAGACUUCUUGCAGCACCAACUGUUACUUCUGAAUAUAUUGAAGCUGAUUUGAAAGGAGAAAUAUUUUGGAAGAGUGAUAAAUCUGAAGCACCGUUUGCGCCCCCUGCCAUGGCAACAGUUACAGACAACAAGAAGAUGGUGUAUAUCACACUAUCAGAAUAUAUCUUUAAUACCAUGACUUACCAGGCACACAAACACAACAUACUGGUGUUUAACCUGACGUCACAGAACAUCAAAUCUAAGGAUGACGCACUUAACACAACCUGUACGGAAAUUUGUAUUGGUAAACUUAUUCCACAGAUUGGGAAAUCAUUUCCAAACAGUCAAGUAGAGCUUCACAUGAAAAGUUCAAAACCACCGGUAACCAGAAUAACUGAUGGUAAUUUAGGGGUUGCAGCACAAGGAGACAUCGAUCUGUAUGCUAGAAAACCAGAUAAAACUCUGCAUCAUUUAUUCCAAAUUGCUGGGACUGGGUCAAUAGCUGUAACACUAACGAUAAAUGAAACAGUCAUUCAUGGAUCUGUGGAGGAUAUGAAAAUAAAGUUAAAUGUUUCAAAGUCUUCUAUUGGACCUGUAAAUGAAAAAGCUUUACAGUUCCUAGUAGACAGUGCUAUUAAAACAACAAUAACACCAAUGUUAAAUGAUCUUGGAACCAAAGGUUUCCCAAUGCCGUCGACAGAUAAUUUAAAAUUAAACCAGUUUGAUUUUAAACUUUUACAGAAUACAAUGCUGAUUGAAACCAAUCUGAAGUACAUACCUGAACCUACAAAAAUCAAAUCGACUGUUCUGAAAUUUAUCCCGAGAGCUCAAUUCAAGUCAAUAAACAAUGUUUAAAUUAUGUCAUUUGACGAUAAUAUAUUGCUUGUGUUGAUAUAGUCCACAUUGUAUACAAAUCAUAUUCUACUGUCAAAUGUUUGGAAGCAAAUGAAUGCCAUAUUGUAUUCUUUACAAUCUUACUGAAUAUGGUAACUUAUAAAUGCUAUUACAGUUGUAAAUGCUAUUACAGAAAUAAAGAAUCUUUUAUAAUGA